AUGGUAAAUGAAGCUGACGAAAGCACAGCAAGUGCCUCACUGGCCCGACUGCGAUUGUUUCUAUCAUCUCAUGCUCCAAAUGGGCAAGAAAAGGCUCAAAUUGCGACUCAAGACUGUUUAUCGAAUCUUAUGGCAAGUAUUGCACCUUUAAGUCAAUCAUCAAAAGAGUUUGAACGUGUCAAAUAUUUAUUACAAUGUUCAUUACCUGGAUAUCGUGUCCAUGAAAAUGUAGUGAUUUCGGAUUUGCAGAAUCCGUCACUUGUAGCACAAUACGAGCAACAUACUGCGGGGCUUUUAGAACUUGAUUCGUGGGUGGCCGUCAAUGAUCUUGGAAAAGAUUUAGCAGAUGUUCAUAGUUAUGGAUUCACAUCGUACGACGCAACGGAUACGAAUAUGAAGUUUACAACCGGAAAUUUGCAGUUCAGUGCACCUCUUGACCAAUCACGGGACGCAAAAAAUCAUCCUUCUAGCACUCGACAAUUAGUGCUUUGCAAAAUUGCAGUUGGCCGAUCACUUGCAAUUAAUGAUGAAAAAGAAGCAAAAGCUCGACUUCCAAUUGGGUAUCAUAGUUACUAUUUGCAUCAAGAUGCAAGUGGUACACAAGAUCAAUACAGUCACCGUGGGUACUAUCAUGAGUACAUCUUGACCAACACUAUGCAAAUUUUGCCCCAAUAUCUUGUUCGUUUUACCUAUUCCGCCGCAAAUUAUGGAAUUGCAAUUGCAUCUUGUGCCCUAUGUGAACAACACCCUGCAGUUGUCACUUGCCGAAAUUGUGAAGCACAAAUUUGUGCACAAUGUGACCACGAGGUACACUCGGCCAACAAAUUAGUACGCCGGCACAAACGCACGCCAGUGAAAAGUCAAGCCAGAAAUCUUGGAAGCGAAAAUAUCAGACGUGACCGACGUCGUAGUUCCAAUCCAUCAAUGGAAUAUUGUCUCGACAAUAUUGCCGAUUUGAAGGAAACGGAAGAGAUCAUAAAUGCAAUUAUUGCUAAGCAAAUGGAUAGCAAUGUAUUGGCACAGGAUGUGCAACACCCAACUUGUCGAAGUCAUAGCAACAAAUUAGUCGAAUUCUUUUGUCCAGUUUGUCAAGUGGCAGUGUGUGUUAGUUGCAAAAUGAUUGGAGAUCAUUCGAUUGGUGAAAAAGGGUCCCACCGAUUACUAACUGUUGCCGAUGCAUACGAAAGUUGCAUUCGCGAGUCGUUGCGUCCUGAUCCGUUGAUAAUGUCACGCAAAUCGGCAAUUGGAAAAAAGCUGCAACUUCUGAGUGGCAUUCAGCAAAGUGUCCAAAGCAACAAAACGCAAGUUGCAAAUGCUAUCAAUGAACUAUGUGCACGAGUGUUGCAGGAAUUGAACGAGGCAAGUGCCACAAAGAUGCGUAUCUUGUCAGGUGAAAUGCUCGAGCUGGAACGUCAAUCACAGCAAAUUGAUUGGGUCGAGGAAAGUCUUCAGGACCAUCGCACAAUUUUGUCAGCCGUCGAGUUUCUCUCUGCGUGGAAUGAACACAAAAAGUUGCGAGCGCAACAACGCGAAUGUCCCAAUGUUGCACACAAUAAUCAUGCAGAUCAAGUGCAAGCUAAUUUGCACCUUGCAGGAAACUUGCACAUUAUUGUGGCAGAUCAAGUACCCGAACAUUUAAUGUCAAUAGAUGAAAAGGAUCCAAUUUUCCAAAAUACUUCAGCAAAUACCAGCAACCAAAAUUGCAAUAGUGACACAAAUAGUCAACCAGAAAUUAAAGCUGCUGCCAUUCUCGCUCAGCAUCGACGUUCAGGUGAUAAUGUUCGCACCCAAUUGCUUAAUAUGAAGCCCACACUGCCACACAAACUUUAUGCUCAUCGAUCACGACGAGUCGUGUCUCCAAAGUGUCAGCAAGUUCUGGAUGAGAUCCGCCAAAGUAUCUUGGUUCAAACUAGCGCUAGAAAGUCUGCUCUGUCACCUUGUAGUCCCAUUUCGUCUCCACUCAAGCCUCGAGUUGCGGAUAUGACUUCGACAUUUCGAGCAUUUUCAGUCCAUUCGAGCAUGAAAAAGACGCCGGAUAAUGAAACACGCCAACGUCGCACUAGUGUAUGGUCGACGCUCCUUCGCCAAGAAAUGGGGCUACCAAAUUAG